GGAUCCGUUUUGCCGGUUUGUUGUGUGCUGUUUACCAAAGAAACAUUCCAUGAAUGAUAAAACGAUAAAUUCUAUAGCAGAAAGCCUUGUUCCCAAAAACUAUCUGUCGAUAGCAAACGAUGCCCGACAAGAGCGUGAUAAACUUGUUCGAAUUUUACUGGAAAAGAAAAAAAUACCACACGAUGGAUGGAACGAAACGACGAUAGAAUACCUGAUAGCAGAACUAGCAAUGCUCGACAGUAACAAUUUCAACUCCCGGUGUGGCGUCGGAGAACGAGAAGGCCGGGUAAUCUGCGAUCUUGUUCGUAGGAGACACUACAACUUUGCUCAUGGCAUUGGCCGUUCCGGUAAUCUUACCGCCGCUCAACCGAAGGCCGCUGGCUCGACGUUAAUGGCAAAUCUUACCAACAGCUUGGUCCGUGACCUAAUACGCACCAUUGGUGUGCCCAAUUGUUCGAGCGCAGCCGUGGUUCCGAUGGCCACCGGAAUGACUGUUAUGCUCACGCUUCGUGCUAUCCACGUUCAAAGACCAGACUCGAAGUUCGUCCUUUGGUCCAGGGUGGAUCAGCAAUCUUGUUUCAAAAGCAUCCUUGCCGCCGGCCUAACUCCAAUCGUUAUCGAUAGUGUGCUGUCCAAGGAACAUACCACUCCAAAACAGUCAGUUCCCUUCGCUACCGAUCUAGCUGCGUUUGAGACUAAAAUUCAAGAACUAGGCGUUGAUAAAGUUUGUUGCCUCCUAUCGACAACUAGCUGUUUUGCGCCACGAAAUAGUGACGAUAUAUUAGAACUGGCAAAGCUUUCUGCGAAGUACAAUGUACCACAUGUGGUAAACAACGCGUAUGGACUGCAGAGUACGUUCUUUUGCCACCAACUUGAACGUGGGUCACGUGCUGGAAGAAUCGAUGCGUUCAUUCAGAGUACGGAUAAGAAUCUGCUCGUCCCGGUAGGAGGAGCAAUCGUUGCAGGAUUCGACAAAACGACGGUUGAUUCCAUCGCACGACUCUACCCUGGCCGUGCUUCCGGGUCGCAGUCGCUGGAUGUACUUCUGACAUUAUUGACGCUUGGCGUCAACGGUUACCGAAAACUGAUGAACGAGCGCAAAGAACUACAUCAACUUUUGCUGGGUGGUUUAAGCGAUUUAGCGAAAUCGUACAAUGAACGUAUAUUACCCUGCAACAAUCCCAUCUCUAUCGCAAUGACGCUGGAGACAUUCAAAACGGACUCGGGCCAGUUGGAAAUGAUAGGAUCGAUGUUACAGAAGCGGGGGGUAUCCGGAUGCCGAGUUGUUACCACGAUCGGUAGCAAAACCAUCGACGGCCAUCUCUUCACCGCAUGGGGAGCGCAUAGUUCUAUGGCGCAGGUGCCUUAUCUAACGUGUAGUGCCGCGCUAGGCAUAACACGUGACGAAAUUUCCCAUUUUCUUUCCAAAUUGAAUGAAGUUUUGCGCAAAUAUCGCAGUAAAUAUUUGGACCAGGAAUAGAUUUUUGUGAUUAAAAGAA